CAAAUUAUGAAGAUACCAAAGAUUUCAUAAAAUGAUGUCCUAAGAGGGCAAACUGGGUCUUGCCAGUGUACAAAAAGGCAGCCCAUGCACAUCUGCCUAAGAAGUAAUCAGAGUUUUUAAAACAGUAAAAUGACGAACACACGAGGCAAAAGGAGGGGAACAAGGUACAUGUUCGCCAGGCCUUUCCGUAAGCAUGGACCUAUUCCAUUGUCCACUUACAUGCAUAUCUACAAGAGAGGAGAUAUUGUUGAUAUCAAAGGCACAGGAACUGUCCAAAAAGGCAUGCCACAUAAGUGCUACCAUGGCAAGACUGGUAGAAUUUACAAUGUUACCCAACAUGCUGUAGGCAUCAUUGUCAAUAAACAGGUUAAAGGCAAGAUUCUUGCUAAGAGAAUUAAUGUGCGUAUUGAGCAUAUCAAGCACUCAAAGAGCAGAGAUAGCUUCCUGAAACGUGUGCAGGAAAAUGAAAGAAUUAAAGCUGAGGCCAAACAGUCCGGCAAGUUUGUGGAGCUGAAGCGCAAGCCUGCUGCUCCAAGAGAGGCUCACUUUGUCAGAACCAAGAAAAAUGAACCCCAGCUGUUGGAACCUAUUCCAUAUGAAUUCAUGGCAUAAUUGUCCUGAAAAUGCAAAUAAAGUUCUGUUUUCCAACAA